AGGCUGGUAUAUAAUGGGUCAAUUCGUUUUGGGGCAUCACAGUCGGUGUUCGGGCUUUGGAUUUCAUAGUUUGUGGUCGAAUAGACGAAUUAGGAAAAAUGAAACUGUUCAUCACGGCAAUGAUCAUCGGCGCCUGCUCAGCGGCUCGUCUGGAGCACCUGGAGCGAGGCUACCUGCCCCCGGACCAUGGACCUAACUCCAUUAAUGGUCUUUCAUCCUUCGGUGGACCAUCGUCAUUUGGAAACCCGUCCUCUGCUGGUCCAUCAUUGUUUGCUUCGAGGGCAUCUUUUGGAGGUUCUUCUGGAGGUUCCUUUGGUGGAGCUUCCUCGUUCGGUGGAGCGUCAGCGCCGGCGUUCAACUCUGGGUCUCCUUUGAGUGCGAAGGCUUUGAAGCAGUACCUGCCUCCUGACCACGGCCCGUCCGGUGGAAACGGAAAUGGAUUCGGAUUGGGAAGCCGAUCAAAUUUCGGAGCAUCAUCCCAGAACCAGCAAUACCGAGGUGCCCAGCAGUUCCCGGCAUCCACCCCUGAAGAACAGACCCCAUUCGGUGCUCAGCCCACUGGCCAAUUCGGGCAGUCUCCCAACGGGAACCAGUACGGCCAAGCUAGCAGUGGUUUGAACCAGCAGUAUGGACAAGCCAGCAGUGGAAACCUACAGUACGGCCAAGCCAGCAGUGGAAACCAACAGUACGGCCAAGCCAGCAAUGGACAGAGCCAACAAUACGGCCAAGCUAGCAGCGGUUUGAGCCAACAGUAUGGCCAACCUGCCCAAUACAAUGCUCCAGGACAGUUUGGACCCAACGCCCCGUCUCUUGGUGCCGCUGGACGCCAAUACUUGGUCCCAAAGACCACCAGCAGUUUCGACAACAUCCCCCAGCAAGCUUUCGAUGAGGAGACUGGAUACCACUAUUAGUCUAUAAUGUAGUAGAGAGAAAUUUGUUUGAAACUAUAAAUAUGUAUAUUUGAGAUUAUAAUGACGUAUUCUUAGAAUAA